GAGUUACUUCAUCGUCAGAUCGGAUAGCGAAAGCCAGGUCCAGCGCUGUGUGGAACAUCAAAGGGAUUGGCAUCUGAAAAACUGAAGCCGUUGUUUCUGAACAGAGAAAGGGUAUUUCGCAGACGCUUCACAAUGUACAGGAUCUGCUUGUAUUUGUGUGUGGCCAUAAAUUAUAUUGUGUCCCAAGAAACAGAAGAACCCAUCUCCUACACGUGCACAGAUGGAUACACAUUUGAUCCUGUCAGACAAGUGUGCAAAGACAUUAAUGAAUGCGUCCUUGUGUCAGACGCCUGCAAGGGGGGUAUGAAGUGCAUAAACCAUUUCGGUGGGUAUCUCUGCCUCCCCCAAAACGCACAGAUAAUUGUCACCAAUGGGGAAGAGUACACCCCAUCACCCGAGCCUGUCCCUGCUCCCCGACCCCCGCCUGUUCAACAGGUGAUCCAGAACCCCACCCGGACGCUCCGCUGUGCCCCGGGCUUCGCCCUGGAUGAGCAGAACUACUGUAGAGAUAUAGAUGAGUGUGCCACAGGUAGACACACCUGCAGAUCAGACCAGAUGUGUUACAACACCAGGGGCUCUUACAGUUGCCAGUGUCCACCUGGCUUCCGGAGGAAUGGGGACCAGUGUGUGGAUAGAGAUGAGUGCCUCCUGCCUAAUUAUUGCAUGCACCGGUGCGUCAACACUGUGGGCUCUUACUACUGCGAGUGCAACCCUGGGCAUCAGCUCGCCAGCAAUAAUCACUCUUGUAUAGAUGUGAACGAGUGUGAGGUCAGUAACCCCUGUCAGCACCAGUGUUACAACAUCAUGAGCUCCUUCAUUUGUCAAUGUGACCAGGGCUACGAGCUGGCACCUGACUCCAGGUCCUGCGUGGAUAUCGAUGAGUGCAGCUUCUCCAGCUACAUGUGCCAGUAUCAGUGUGUCAACAGCCCGGGUGGCUAUUCCUGCGUUUGUCCAGACGGGUACCAGCUCCAGGGAACAAGACUGUGUCAAGAUAUAAAUGAGUGUGAAAGAGGCCACAACUGCCGAGACGACGAGAGGUGCCAGAAUUACCACGGCGGAUUCCGCUGUUACCCCAGGAACCCCUGCCAGGAGCCCUAUGUGAGGACAGCGGAGAAUCGUUGCGUCUGUUCAUCAGCGACGAACAUGUGCCACGGGCAGCCUCUGACGAUCGUGUACAAGUACAUGAGCAUCUUGUCAGACCACUCUGUGCCAGCUGACAUCUUCCAGAUCCAGGCUACCAACAUCUACCCCAAUACGCAUAACACCUUCCAGAUCAAGGCAGGCAAUGAGGGGGGAGAGUUCUUCCUGAGGCGCUCCAGCAACGUCAGCGCCAUGCUGGUGGUCACCAAGCCCCUGUCCGGGCCCCGGGAGCACAUUGUGGACCUGGAGAUGGUCACACACAGCAGCAUCCGAAACUACCGCUCCAGCUCUUUGCUACGGCUCACCAUCAUCGUGGGGCCGUAUUCCUUCUAACGCCCGCGCCCGUCGAGUCCGGCACCUUUUACCACUGCUUCUCAUGUAAAAGAUAGCCCCCUACGCUACAGUUAUAGCCACUUAAAUGCAGCAAACGGCGAGAGAUUGUGAACAGCUUGCUUUCGGUUCAAGUACUCGAGGUUGAGCAUAACAGGUCAUUUCUUAUACUCCUCCUUUUUAGUACUAUUGCGCUUAACAGUUGAGAUAAGAGUACUGCUGCUGGCUGGCUGCUUCAGGAGCCACUGAUGUGGAAAGCCAACUGUCUGUGGCUGUUUACACUGAAUAAAUGACUUUUUUUCCAGGUUGAAUGAAACGUGCCUUACCCAAAAUCCCAACUGUAAAUACAGGACUAAUUACUUCUGACAAGUGUUUCCCCCUUUUAACCAUCAUCCCCUGUGUCUUAGUGGUCAGUAUAUCUGUCUCACCUUUGCUAUAAUUGGAUCUUUUGUAGCUUCCGUAAUACCUGCACACAAACUCAGGCUUAGGUGGCCUAGUUCUUGUGAGGUGCCACGUGACGUUUUGCGAAGUUUUACAUUUCAGCGUCUCUGUGUUGAAAAAGAUAGAAUUGAUCCGUUUCAUGGAAUUGAUUGUCUGAAGGCAGCCGUUGUAUUGUGAUUUCGGUGUGGUUUGUUUUAAGCUGGUUUGCAGUCACAUGUGAGGACGUGGGGUCCAGAGUGCGUGAGCACCCCCUGUAUGUGGAGAGAUUUAUGCAACUUGAAUGAUUCGUAGCCAGCCUCCAGUUUGUACUCAAUGAACUGCAGCUCUUAGAAUCAACAUGGAGUUCUGUCCAGGAGGGUUAAGUAAUACCUAGCUGUAGUGAUGUAUGGGCUGGGGAUUUCAGUACUUAGAGAGCACUAAUUACAUCAACAAAGACUGGGCGAGAUGGAGCCGUUUAUGUUGAAAUAUGAUGCUUCAUUUAUAAAUGCAUAUUACCUUAUUUACUUUUUGAAUACGCUUCAGUAACGAACCACCGUGGUUAAAAAGCAAUAACAGUUGGGAACAGAAAUGUUGGCAGCGUCAUAUAUUUUCAAAGCUUUGAGUCAUAUAGGCAAGGCAUUCAUGUUUAAAGCACUGGUAUGGCCGCAGGGGUGGUUUUUGACCAUGAUUCAAAGUUGCAAAAACUCUAUGUGUUUAAGAGACAAUUAUUACAUAUGGCGCCAAGAGGCAUUAAUAUACAGCACUGUUAGUUCCAGGGUUGUGUAAUCCUUCUUAAAUGUGUCAUCAUUCUGCAUUUUCCUCAUCAGCACUGCUUUGAAUUCCUUUUUUUAAGAGAUCUUAA